AUGAAGCAGAGCCAAGGUGCCGGCGCAUCGGGCUACCUAGGCUGGAGCCUUUACUUCCCGUUUGAGGAGUUCUCGCCUGAGGAUAUGGCGAGCCGUGCCACCCUCAUUGAUGGCUUACCUGUCGCCCAUUACCACACCUGCCCAAAAGCGAUUCGACGGAUGAGGGGCCUCACGCUCGACUACAGCCUAUUGGUGAAGGAGUUGGAUGAAAAGACUAAGAGCAUCUUCAUGCCCGCUCUGCUGGGCGAACCUGAGCUCUGCAUUGGCUCGGUUGGCGUUGCCGUCUUUGAGGUCGUCUACCACGGCGUAAGCGAGGAGAAAGUUAGCAAGCACAAGCUCAACAUCCGCUUUGCACACUACGACAAAGUAACGGCCAUCAAGAAGAUCAAGUCCAACUACAUCGGCAAGUUCACUUGCGUGCGAGGCACGAUCGUGCGGGUAGGCAAUAUCAAGCCCAUCGUGAGGCAAAUGGACUUCCACUGUGGUCGCUGCGGCAGCACCAUGAUGCGCAUCUUCGAGGACGGCAAGUUCAGUGCGCCGGAGAAGUGUGCCACCACGCACUGUCGUGGCCGCGCAUUCGAUCCCGUCCGUGGCUCGGCAGUGACGGUCGACUGGCAAAAGAUCAGAGUGCAAGAGCUGAUGGCGACGGGAAACGACGCAGGCCGAGUGCCGCGGACAAUCGAGUGCGAGCUCACAGACGACAUGGUCGAUGCAGGCGUGCCGGGAGACGUGGUCACGGUGGCCGGUAUCGUCAAGGUCAUGAAUCCCGACCUCGAAAAGCCUGGUACGUGCUUCCGCGCAGUGUGUGAGUAG